AUGUCACGCCUCACACUCUCCCUAGUCCGCCCUUCAUCUGAAGAAGAAUGGUCUAAAGAAACAGCAGACGGCUAUAGGAAACAUGCCUACCGAACUUUCAAACUACCUAUUUUCCUCCUUGUCACGACCGCAACUUUUACCUGCCUGGUCGGCAUGUUCAUCGGAGCAACCUAUUUGGCCACGCCCGUGAGCUCUGAUUCAUGUCGGCGAUUCGGAAUCAGUACACUUUCAUCCUGCAGUACACAAGAUACACAUUCCCACGAAAGUGCUCUGGAACAACCACAUUUGAUUUUCCCUCCAUCGCAAGAACUUCUUAGCCCACAGAACGGAUUCAAGACGUUCAAUACAGAGCGAUUCAAUGGGUCCGCAACUGGAAUAUCUCCGUACAAGCGUCCCCCAAAUCAUGAACUCGAACUUCUAUGGGCAGAUUAUUGGCCAAUAACGGCAUUCUCCAUCACUGCAAAGCAAUACCACGAAACAAACCCCCAACACCAAGAAAGCGGCGUCCAGCUCCAUCCUGGUUCAGAAGAGCCUCACUACAUCGGCACAUUCGCCGCCAUGCAUCAGAUGCAUUGUCUUUAUAAUCUCUUCAAAGCUACAAAUUUGGAGUAUUACGAGGAAGAGAAGGGCGAAUUGGAAAGGAAUCCAGGGAGAUGGCAUGAGAUGGUGGAUCACUGUGUUGAUAUUUUGAGGCAGAAGAUUGAAUGUGAUCGAGAUACAUCAGUUAUCACUUAUAACUGGGUAAAGCAUAAGAGAGGCCCGGUUGCGAAUUUCAAUGUUGAGAGGCAGUGUAGACCGUGGCAGGAGAUGGAGGAUUGGGCUAGGGAGCAUGAGGUUAAGAAGAUGCCUUCUAAGCCGGAAGGGGUUGUUGAAAUGGAUGGUUUUCCUUGAAUAACGACUUAUUAGAACAUCUUAAAACAGAUUUCGCAGCACAUUUAGACGGAGG